UGGGCGUCCGAAGAAUAAGGCGGGGUGGACCAAAUGGUGGUGUGGGAUAGUUAGUGUUGAGUAUGUGUCAGCUACCAGAGAGUGUGGCGUGGCGAUAGUGUGCUGUUCAGUCAUGAGGGUAACGGUGGAAUUGUGGUAUUUUCUCCUCAUGUUUGCCUGGGCUCUCUCCACCUCAUAUUCCCAGGGGAACUGGAUACUUAAGGAGAAACGGACCGGUACAAAUGCACCUGCUAGGGGUCUUGGAGCUAAGGAGCACUUUCAGAUUGUUUCACAGCAUAAUCGGCUCCGGAGCCGAGUCAAUCCCAUGGCAGCAAACAUGCAGAAAAUGGAGUGGAGCGAGAAGCUGGCUCUGCUCGCUCAGGACCGAGCGGCCUCCUGCUCUCCCCGCCCCGCCGCCCCGCCCCCCCGCCCCGACCACGUGGGCUGGAACGCCCAUCGGGUCGCCGUGGGGACCGCGUCGUUCGCAGGGGUCAUCGACGCCUGGUUCGGGGAGGGCCGAGACUACAGCUACCUGACCGGACGAUGUGCGGACAACAGCACCUGCCAGCAUUACACUCAGCUGGUCUGGGCCACGUCCAGUCGAGUGGGCUGUGCACGGCAGGACUGUUACACAGGCGCGAGCCUGUGGGAGCUCUAUGUCUGCGCAUAUUCACCUGGGGGCAACUGGGAGGUGAACGGGAGGAUGGUUGUACCCUACAAAGCCGGGCCAUACUGCUCUCUCUGCACCUCCGCCAUGGCUGGCUGCUUCCGCCUCUGGGACCACGUUGGGGGCCUCUGUGAGACCCCUCGGAACCCGUGCCGGAUGAGCUGUGGACGCAGCGGGAGGCUGAACAUGUCCACCUGCCAGUGCCACUGCUCCCCUGGGCACACGGGCCGCUUCUGCCAGGUGCGCUGCAGUGUGCAGUGUGUCCAUGGGCGGUACAAGGAGGAAGAGUGCUCCUGUCUGUGUGACAAGGGCUACGGGGGAGCUCAGUGUGCAGAGGAGGUGCAGUUCCCCUUCCACAGCUGCGAUGUGAGGAUCGAUGGGGAGUGCUUCAUGGUGUCUCCCCUGGCGGACACGUACUACGGAGCCAAGGCCCGCUGCCAGGAAAAAGGUGGGAUUCUGGCUCAGAUCCGCAAUCAAAAGGUCCAGGAUAUCCUGGCCUUCUACCUCAGCCAGCUGGAGACCACCAACGAGGUCAAAGACCCCGACUUUGAGACGCGCAACUUCUGGAUCGGUCUGACCUAUAAAACCUCGAAGGACUCCUUCCGCUGGGACACCGGGGAGGCCCCCACGUUCAGCAGCUUCGCCUUCGGUCAGCCCGACAACCAGGGCUUUGGGAACUGUGUGGAGCUGCAGGCUGCCAGCGUUUUCAACUGGAAUGACCAGCGCUGUAAGACGCGCAACAGAUACAUCUGCCAGUUCGCUCCUGAGCACAUGGCCCUGUGGGAGGUCGGGAGAGGACGGAGGACAUGAUCACAGUUCCGGGACAGCGGAUUUGGGAAACGUUCUGGCUGCUUCUCUUUUUCUUUAGUGCUGCAGUAAUGGCCUGUCUGUCAUUGGGGUGAGCGCAGUGUUAGAUCCCAGGACUCCCUCUGCUGGCCAGUAGCAGACUUCACUCAAUUUGCCUCCAGUUCACACAUCCGGUUUCUCAUAAUGUUACCAAACAAAUGUUGCCAGUCAACCAACAAUCAUCAAAUCUGGACCUUGAAUCCAAAUCCGGCCCUGGUUUUCUUUUCUUCCGGGUAAUUAGCAAUUAGUGCUCCUGAUUGACCCGACUCCACUCCUAGGUAAAGGGAGGGUGUAAACCCAGCAGUUCUCGGACCUCGUUGACCAUGAAUUGAUGAUCCCUGCCAUAGACUGUCACUACUGUGCCGUCUGUUUCCAGACAGACCCGAGCUCGCACCGCUGUCUCCUGCAUGGCUGAGACCCAGAGCUCCCCCCUGAUGUGACCCGUUUGAGACCCAGAACUCCCCCCCUGAUGUGACCCGUUUGAGACCCAGAGCUCUCCCUCUGAUGUGACCCGUUUGAGACCCAGAGCUCUCCCCCUCAUGUGACCCGUUUGAGACCCAGAGCUCUCCCCCUGAUGUGACCCGUUUGAGACCCAGAGCUCUCCCCCUGA